AUGCCACGAAUCCUUGUACUUGGUGCCACGGGAUAUCUGGGUAAUCGUAUUGCGAAUUUGCUCGUUCAAAGCGGCCAGCACUCGGUUUACGGUGUGGCUAGAUCCUCAGAGAAGGCCGUACAAUUGGCAAGAGAUGAGAUCACCCCCGUACUUUGUCUCGAUCCGGUGAACAACCCAGAGCAGUAUCUAUAUGUGAUUCGUUCAGCAUCCAUCGACAUUGUUAUCGACUGCGCCCAAGCACUGCAGCAAGCUCACAGUUUUCUCGAGAACAUCAAAAAAGUCGGCCAAGAACGCUUGGAUGCUUACCAAACUCGCGGCACAAGUGGCCCCAAGUUGGGAUUCAUUUACUGCUCUGGAGUCUGGGUGCAUGGUUCAUCGGACAAGGCCGUCACUGAUCUUGACCUCGUAGGCUCAGACACAGCAACCCCACCACCGGAGCUUGUCGCAUGGAGAGUCGACCUGGAGAACGCGGUUCUUGCUUCAAAUAACGUGCUAGAUGUUAUGGUGUUACGGCCUGCGCUUGUAUACGGACGUCAGCCGGCAGUCUGGUCAUCUUUCAUUGCACCGGUUUAUGAAGCCAUAAAAAACAAAACAACGGAAUCUAUUCACGUCCCGCUAGACCCCAAGUCAAGACCUGGUCUGAUACAUGUCGACGAUUCAGCUACAGCAUUCGUCAGCGCAGUCGAAAAGUUGCCUCUUAUUUCUGGGUCUGGCGUAUAUCCCGUUUUUGAUCUCGUUACCAGCCAGGAAAGCAUGUGCGAGAUCUUUCAGGCAUUAGCUACUUGUUGGGGAUUUCAGGGUGAGGUACGAUUGGUCGGACACGGUGAUGAUAUUGUUCGAAAGGCUGUAAGUACUACAUUCCGUGGUAGCUCGGCUCGUGCAGAGCAAUUGCUUGGAUGGCAGCCAAAGAGACUAGGUGGAUUUGUGAAAGAUAUGGAGAUUUAUGCUGCUGCAUUUUCAGCACACUUCAGUAGCCAUACUUGA